UGAAAUUCAAAAAUCAAUUUAUUAUUGCAAUUUUAAAUCAAGGAUAGAUAUUUAACUAAAGAAACACGAAGCUAUUAUUUAAAAAAAACCACUUGCCACUAUGGAACGGGCAAGGAGUUAACGUUCACUCAUCACUGUUACAAACAUCAGUAAACAAAGUCGUCUUCACAUCGUACUUAAGUAAAUCAAAAUGUAAGGUCAACACAUUCAAUAAAGCCCCAUUAAGCAAAUAAGGUAUUUCAUGAUGUCCUGUCAGGCAUCGAAUCAUAUCGCCAAGAAGUUUUCAAAAGUCUUCUAUUCCAAAGUUUCAAAUUGUGAUGGUAACGUUAAAUUAAAACGUUAGAUAAAACUCCGGACUUUGGCAAAUAUGAAAUUUGGCCUCGGCUACAAUGAGACGUUGCACUUCGCUCAGUCUGGAUGUUGCUACAGCAUUUCUCAUCGGUAUCAUCGGCGCCCUAUGUUUUCAAGCUUCAUUAAAUGGUAAAUUCGUUUUUGAUGAUGUCGCAGCAAUUGUCAACAAUAAAGAUGUCCAUAGCGAAGCCUCGCUUUCACAAGUCUUCAAGAAUGAUUUUUGGGGCACAAGCCUAUCCCAUAACUCUAGUCAUAAAUCUUACCGUCCUUUCACUGUGUUGUCAUUCAAGUUUAACGUGUGGUUACGUAAUGGUAAACUUGAACCGUACAGCUUCCACCUGUGCAAUAUCAUCCUUCAUGGAAUCUCAUCGGCGCUUUCCUUCAUUUUAUUUAUUUUCAUGUUUCAAAGAAGGAAUGUCAAAGAUCUUAAACCGCUUUUGGCAGCUGUAUUAUUUUCUAUCCAUCCUGUGCAUACCGAAGCUGUGGCAGGGAUUGUCGGUAGAGCAGAUCUUUUAUGUGCAAUAUUUGCAUUCCUUGCUGUUAUAUGUUAUGCAUUCAGCAUAGAUUUCAACAAUGGUGUUUGUAUCAAAGAAGUGUUACUUUCUUCAAUUUUUGCUUGCAUUGCAAUGUUGUCAAAGGAACAGGGGAUUACUGCUCUAGCUCUGUGCGGUGCAUACGACAUAAUAAUUGUGAACUCUGUCCACCCGACCAGCCUCCUGUUGACGGUGUUGCAAAUUUGCAAAGAAAUGAAAAUAUGCAAAUACGGUAUUGUCUUAUUCAGUCGCAGAAAGCAGAUCACAUUCUUUUUAAAAAGAGAACACCAUUUCAUGAUAUUGCGGCAGAUUAUUUUAUUCACAGCAGGGAGUCUAAUGGUGUAUUUUAGAUGUUGGAUUAUGAACUUUGAGGCGCCCAACUUCCAAAAAAUAGACAAUCCUGCUUCAUUUGCUGAUAGCAUUUUUACUAGGUUUAUAAACUACAACUAUGUAUAUGUUAUGAACACUUGGAUUACGAUAUGCCCGUACUGGUUGUGUUUUGAUUGGUCGAUGGGGUGCAUUCCAUUAAUAAUGAGUCUUUUUGAUCUGAGAAUACUCUUUGUCCUGGUCUAUUGGCUGUUUUGCUUAGCUUUGCUCAACCGGACUAUCCGUCUCGGCAAAUGCAGUCUGGCACAGCAAAUCAUCAUGGCUAUUGGUUUUGUAGUCAUAUCCUUCUUUCCUGCCUCAAAUAUUUUAUUUCGUGUUGGAUUUGUUAUAGCGGAAAGAAAUCUCUACCUCCCCUCUGUUGGAUUUUGUAUGCUUGUUACUAUAGGGAUUGAACAACUGUACUUAGGUUUAAAAAGAAAAGCUGCUCUAUUUUACUUAUUGGGAUUACUCCUGCUAACUAAUGUAUACCGGUGUCACCAAAGAUCUUUAGACUGGUCUAAUGAAAAAGUGCUUUUCUUUUCUGGACUCAAAGUCUGCCCUUUAAAUGCCAAAGUCCAUUACAACGUUGCUAAAUCUUCUUUCAAUGUGACAACCUCCGUGAAGCACUACCGAGAAGCCAUAAGGUUGAACCCGGAAUACGAACAAGCAUUGAACAAUCUUGCGAACGUACUUAGAGACAAUGGAGAUAUUAAAGAAUCCGAAGAAUUGCUGAGAAAGGCAAUUAAAAUCAGGCCAAAUUUUGCCACAGCUUGGAUGAACCUUGGCAUCGUGCUGGCUCACAUGAGGCGAUAUGACGAGGCAUUGGACAGCUACAAAAUGGCACUCAGCUACAGGAAAAACUAUCCCGACUGUUAUUAUAAUUUGGGCAAUUUGUAUUUGUCACAGAAAAAACAUCUGGAAGCUUAUGUCGCCUGGAGAGAAGCAACAAACCAAAAACCUAAACACUCAAUUGCUUGGAAUAAUAUGAUAGUUUUAAUGGAUUCACUUGGUGAAUCAGACAGAGCAGAAGAAUUGGCUCUUGAAGCUUUAGAAAUACUACCAGAUGAUCCAAACCUUCAUUUCAAUCUAGCAAACACUCUCGGAAAGAAAUCACAGUAUGAGAAAGCAGAAGAGCAUUUUAAACAGGCCAUAAAAUUAAAACCGCAACAAGCACUCUUUCACACUAACUUAGGUGUUUUGUACCACAGGUGGAAAAAAUAUAAAAAGGCAGAGGAUCAUUACUUAAAAGCACUCAAUAUCAACCCUGACCAGAAGAAUGUGGAACAAAACUUAAAAAGCGUUCAAAAACAAUUACUGAAAACAAUUUACAGUGAAGUCAAAUAAUUUUUUUAAAUAUUAUUUUUUACUUGAGUUUUAUUACACAAUAAAACUUCUUUUUACAACAAAAAAAAA